AUGGCGGUGAAUGGAGCAGUGGGCAGGUCGGACGUCCUGCUGGGUGUGCUGACAACAUGUGCCCAGACGGAGAUGAAGAGGGUUGUUGGAGACAAUGCCACGCUGCCCUGCCACCAUCAGUUCUGGGUGGGUGAUGACCCCACACUGGACAUUGAAUGGCUGCUUCUCAAGCCAACCAACAGGCAGAGAGUGCUGAUCACUUACUUUGCUGGACGGGUUUUUGACCCCAAUGAAGCAGAGCGUGGCCGCGUGGCCUUCGCUGGAGAGUACUUAAAAGGCGAUGCCUCUCUGCUGAUCAGUGACUUGUCUCUGAUAGACUCAGGAGAGUACAGCUGCAAAGUCAAGACUGGUGCACAAUACCACUGGAGCACCAUCAGCCUCAUAGUGCUGGUGAAGCCUGCGAAACCACGGUGCUGGAUGGAAGGGAAACUGUUAGAGGGCGGGGAUGUUAAGAUGAGCUGCAAGUCUGCUGAUGGCUCUGAUCCCAUCCACUACAAAUGGGAGAGGGUGCUGGACAAGGGCAAGUAUGGUGGCAAGCUGCCUCCACGAGCCCUGAUAGAUUUGAAAAACCCAGAGAUUGUGACACUGAGGAACUUGACCAAAGAGAGUGCUGGUGUAUACAAAUGCACAGCCAGCAAUGAUGUGGGAGAAGAGAGCUGCACAGUGGAGGUCAAGAUGCACUAUGUAAGGGGAAUGGGCGUGGUAGCAGGGGCAGUGGUUGGUGUAUCCUUUGGUGUCCUUCUCAUUAUCCUUAUCAUCUGGUUGGUGUUUCGCAAAAAGGAGAUGAAGAAAUAUGAAGAAGAAGAGACCCCAAAUGAAAUCAGGGAGGAUGCAGAGGCUCCAAAAGCCAAACUGGUGAAGCCCAAUUCCCUGUCCUCAUCCCGUUCUGGCAGCUCUCGCUCAGGCACCUCCUCCACCCAGUCCAUGGUACACAACAUGGCACACAGAAGCCAGCGAGCUUGUGUCCCUGCUGUGGCGGCCCUCAAGGAGAACUGCCAAGCCUCCUUCACUCAGUCUCCACCUGGCUACAAUCAGGCAGUCCCCAAGACCCCUGAACCCCGUUCUACACCCACCUCCACAUCUACCUCCAACUCCAAGCCCAGCCCUCCCCCUAAAUUGGGCCCUGGGAACCUGACCCGCAUGGGGGCCACUCCUGUUAUGAUCCCUGCCCAAACAAAGGCCUUUCAGACUGUGUAGAGGAGAUGGACAGUGGACUGUAAUCAGACCAGGGCUGCUUCAGGACAUGGC